AUGGCCGCUCGCAGCGCUGCUCUGAAGAUCGACUGGACCAAGGUGUCGAGCUCGCUCGGCCUCCGCGGCCAGACCGCCGCUUCUCUGCAGGCUUUCAAGAAGCGCAACGAUGACGCCCGCCGCAAGGUCCAGGUCCUCUCCGAGACUCCCCAGACUGUCGACUUCUCCCACUACCGCAAGGUCCUGAAGAACCAGGCCAUCGUCGACGAGAUCGAGAACCACUUCAAGAACUUCAAGCCCGCCUCCUACGAUGUCGGCCGCCAGCUGAAGGCCAUUGAUGCCUUCGAGGCACAGGCUGUCCAGAACGCCGAGGAAACCAAGGGCAAGAUCGAGGCUGAGCUCGUUAACCUCCAGAAGACCCUGGAGAACAUCGAGACUGCCCGUCCCUUCGAGGACCUCACUGUCGUACGUAUCACUGGGGCCAUAUGGGCCAAGAAGGAAUGGAUUGCUGAUUGUGUGUACAGGACGAGGUUGCGUCCGCCCAGCCCGAGAUCGACGAAAAAGACUGCUUCCCUUGUCUCCAAGGGCAAGUGGAUGCCACCCGGCUACAAGGAGCGCUUCGGCGACCUUUCUGCCGUCUAA